UAUUUUAUUUCUUUGCAGGAUCUGGAGUUUCAUGGAGUAAUGAGGUUCUACUUUCAAGAUAAAGCAGCUGGAAAUUUUGCAACAAAAUGUAUCCGUGUAUCUAGUACUGCUACAACUCAAGAUGUGAUAGAAACUCUUGCAGAGAAGUUUCGGCCAGACAUGCGAAUGUUGUCGUCCCCUAAAUACUCGCUUUAUGAGGUGCAUGUCAGUGGAGAAGAAAGAAGAUUAGAUGUAGAUGAGAAGCCUCUUGUUGUACAAUUGAACUGGAACAAAGAUGAUCGAGAGGGAAGAUUUGUUCUCAAGAAUGAAAAUGAUACACUUCCUCCAAAGAAGGCUCAGAGCAAUGGCCCUGAAAAACAAGAAAAAGAGGGUGUAAUUCAGAAUUUCAAACGAACUCUUUCAAAAAAAGAAAAAAAAGAAAAAAAGAGGCGUGAAAAAGAGGCCUUGCGACAAGCAUCAGAUAAAGACGAUAGACUUCUUCAUGGGGAUGAUAUUGAGAAUUCUCGCCUUGCAGCUGAGGUAUACAAAGAUAUGCCUGAGACCAGCUUCACUCGCACAAUAUCCAAUCCUGAGGUGGUGAUGAAACGGCGGCGACAGCAAAAACUGGAGAAGAGAAUGCAGGAAUUUCGCAGUUCUGAUGGCAGACCAGACUCAGGUGGGACACUGAGAAUUUAUGCAGACAGUUUAAAACCAAAUAUACCGUACAAGACAAUCCUGCUGUCCACUACAGAUACUGCAGACUUUGCAGUUGUUGAAGCACUGGAAAAAUAUGGUCUGGAAAAGGAAAAUCCCAAGGAUUAUUGUAUUGCUCGUGUCAUGCUGCCUCCUGGUGCUCAGCAUUCUGAUGAUAAAGGUGCUAAAGAAACUAUUCUUGAUGAUGAUGAGUGUCCACUGCAGAUAUUCAGGGAGUGGCCUAGUGAUAAAGGAAUACUGGUCUUUCAGUUGAAAAGGCGACCUCCUGAUUACGUCCCAAAGAAAUCCAAGAAAAUAACUGAUGGAAAGCCAUUAAAGGGGAAGGAAAGAGUUGACGGUUCUGGCUAUGGUUCUUGCCUUCCUCCUGAGAAACUACCAUACCUGGUAGAAUUAAGCCCAGAUGGUUCUGACUCCAGAGAUAAGCCAAAGCUCUAUCGUCUACAGUUAAGUGUCACUGAAGUUGGAACUGAAAAAUUUGAUGACAAUUCCAUUCAGUUAUUUGGUCCAGGAAUUCAGCCUCAUCACUGUGACCUCACUAAUAUGGACGGAGUUGUUACUGUAACCCCAAGAAGCAUCGAUGCUGAAACCUAUGUGGAAGGUCAGCGUAUUUCAGAAACCACCAUGCUGCAAAGUGGAAUGAAGGUUCAGUUUGGGUCAUCUCACGUAUUUAAGUUUGUGGAUCCCACUCAGGACCAUAUUAUUCCUAAAAGGCCUAUUGAUGCAAGUCUUAUGGUCAAAGGUCCAAGGCACAAAACUGGAGCUGUUCAGGAAACCACGUUUGAUCUGGAGGGAGAUGUUCACAGUGGAACAGCAUUGCCAGCAAGCAAGAGCACCAGCAGGCUUGAUGGUGACAGGACAUUGUCAGCAUCCAGCACAGCCGAACGAGGAAUGGUGAAGCCGAUGAUCAGAAUAGAACAGCAAGAUUACCGCAGACAGGAAAGCAGAUCUCAGGACACCCACGGACCAGAACUGAUACUACCUGCCAGUAUUGAAUUCAGGGAAAGCUCUGAAGAUGCCUUCUUAUCUGCCAUUAUAAAUUACACAAAUAGUUCGACAGUUCAUUUUAAGCUGUCGCCUACCUAUGUUUUGUAUAUGACAUGUCGGUAUGUAUUGUCCAGCCAGUACAGACCUGACAUCACCCCUACUGAGCGCACUCACAAAGUCAUUGCAAUAGUCAACAAGAUGGUGAACAUGAUGGAAGGAGUGAUACAGGAGGUAGACCAGGUUGAUCAGAAACAGAAGAAUAUUGCUGGGGCACUUGCCUUUUGGAUGGCAAAUGCAUCUGAAUUACUGAAUUUCAUAAAACAAGACCGAGAUCUUAGCCGAAUUACGGUGGAUGCACAAGAUGUUUUGGCACACUUGGUUCAAAUGGCAUUCAAGUACCUGGUCCACUGUCUGCAGUCAGAGCUCAAUAACUACAUGCCAGCAUUCCUUGAUGAUCCAGAGGAAAAUAAUCCUCAGAGGCCUAAAAUAGAUGAUGUGCUGCAUACAUUGACUGGAGCAAUGUCCCUCUUGCGACGAUGUAGAGUGAACGCUGCUCUGACUAUACAGCUCUUCUCCCAGCUGUUUCAUUUUAUCAACAUGUGGCUUUUCAACAGAUUAGUCACGGCCCCAGAUUCAGGGUUAUGUUCACAUUAUUGGGGAGCUAUCGUUCGUCAGCAGUUGGGCCAUAUUGAAGCCUGGGCAGAAAAACAGGGUUUAGAGUUGGCUGCUGAUUGCCACCUGAGCAGAAUAGUGCAGGCAACCACAUUGCUUACCAUGGACAAAUACUCACAUGCAGAUGUUCCAAAUAUUAACAGUACUUGCUUCAAGCUGAAUUCUCUGCAGCUACAGGCUUUGUUGCAGAAUUAUCACUGUGCUCCAGAUGAACCACUUAUCCCAACAGAAUUGAUCGAGAACAUAGUAACUGUCGCAGAAAAUACGGCUGAUGAACUUGCUCGCAGCGAUGGCAGAGAAGUCCAACUGGAAGAGGACCCUGACUUACAGCUGCCUUUUCUUUUACCGGAAGAUGGCUAUUCCUGUGAUGUUGUCAGAAAUGUUCCAAGUGGUUUACAGGAAUUCUUAGAUCCGCUCUGUCAGAGAGGUUUUUGUAGACUAGUACCUCAUCCACGGUCACCAGGCACAUGGACAAUAUACUUUGAAGGCGCAGACUAUGAAAGUCACCUGUCACAUGAGAAUGCUGAGCUAGCUCAGCCUUUGAGGAAAGAACCUGAAAUUAUCACUGUAACACUGAAAAAACAAAAUGGAAUGGGCCUGAGCAUUGUUGCUGCCAAGGGUGCUGGUCAAGACAAACUUGGAAUAUACGUCAAGUCUGUUGUAAAAGGAGGUGCUGCAGAUGUGGAUGGUCGGCUGGCUGCCGGGGAUCAGCUGCUCAGUGUGGAUGGUCGAAGUUUGGUGGGCCUGUCCCAGGAAAGGGCAGCAGAACUUAUGACUAGGACAGGUUCUGUAGUAACAUUAGAAGUAGCAAAACAAGGAGCAAUUUACCAUGGUCUGGCAACCCUGCUUAAUCAGCCGUCCCCAAUGAUGCAAAGAGUUUCUGACCGCCGUGGCUCAGGUAAACCCCGACCAAAGAGUGAAGGCUUUGAGCUGUAUAACAACUCCACUCAAAAUGGGUCACCUGAGAGCCCUCAGCUGCCGUGGACGGAGUACAGCGAACCAAAGAAGUUGCCAGGGGAUGACAGGUUAAUGAAAAACAGAGCUGAUCAUCGCUCCAGUCCCAAUGUAGCAAAUCAGCCUCCAAGUCCCGGGGGAAAGAAUGCUUAUGCAUCUGGAACUACCACCAAAAUAACCUCAGUCUCUACUGGAAAUCUUUGUACAGAGGAACAGACUCUGCCCCCACGACCUGAAGCUUAUCCCAUCCCAACGCAGACCUAUACCAGAGAAUAUUUCACAUUCCCAGCUUCAAAGUCCCAGGAUCGAAUGGGUCCAGCUCAAAGUCAGUGGCCAAAUUAUGAAGAAAAACCACAGAUCCAGGCAGAAAGUAAUCAUUCGGUCAAUAGUACAAUGCAGCGUGUGGCUCGUUCCCAGGAAGAACUCCGAGAUAAAGUUUUCCAGCCAGAGAGGAAUCGUUUGGAAGUUGUCAUACGGAAGGAUGUAGAGUACAUCGAUCGGAAGUCAGACAGCGAUCAGUGGAUGAAUUCAUCGGUGGAUUCCAGCACAUCUAGCCAAGAGCACCUCAACCAUUCAUCCAAACCGGUCUCGCCUGGUUCUUGCUUAACUAAAAGUGGACCUGGCCGCUGGAAAACUCCAGCUACCAGCCAGCCAACUCCAGUGGCCAUUUCCCAGCCCAUCAGAACAGAUCCUCCCCCUCCACCGCCACCUCCUCCAGUGCAUUAUGCAGCUGAAUUUGAUGAACUACAAAUGGAUUUGCCUCUGCCUCCCCCUCCUCCUCCAAAUCAGGCAGGAGCACAAACAUCUUCCCAGGUAGCCGCUGCUGAGCGUAAAAAAAGAGAAGAGCAUCAGAGGUGGUAUGAAAAGGAAAAGGCACGUUUGGAAGAAGAAAGAGAAAGGAAACGUCGUGAGCAGGAGAGAAAACUGGGCCAAAUGCGUUCUCAGCCGCUAAUUCCUGCUCAGCCUGUGGUUCCUCCUGUUUCCCUUCAGCAAGUGAAAUCAGAAAAACCUUCAACUUUGCAGAGGUCUCAAGAAACAGUCAUUCGUGAGCUGCAGCCCCAGCAGCAGCCUCGGACUAUUGAGCGCAGAGAUCUGCAGUACAUUACUAUCAGCAAGGAAGAACUGUCCUCAAGUGACAGCCUCUCCCCAGAUCCCUGGAAGCGGGAUGCUAAGGAGAAACUGGAGAAGCAGCAACAGAUGCACAUUGUGGACAUGCUGAGCAAAGAGAUUCAGGAGCUGCAGAACAAGCCCGAUCGUACAGCAGAAGAGAACGACCGCCUCCGCAAACUCAUGCUCGAGUGGCAGUUCCAAAAGCGACUUCAAGAGUCAAAGCAAAAGGAUGAAGAUGAUGAUGAAGAGGAAGAUGACGAUGUGGAUACUAUGCUCAUCAUGCAGCGGCUGGAGGCAGAAAGAAGAGCAAGGCAGACUGCUGUGCCAGCAAUCUCUGUUCUAGAUUUG